ACCACCAAACAAGACCACGUUGAGAAUAAUUUUAUUCCUCGAUCUUGCUAUUUAAACUGUUAACGUACUUGCAAUCAGCAGCAUUCUCUUGAUACUAGCCAUCAAGAUCUAACAAAAAACAAGAUGUUCAAGCAAGUAAUCUUCGCUGCUCUUCUCUCGGUCGUGGCUGCUAAGCCCGGCAUUCAUUCCGUGGCUUACCCAGCACCCGUUGUUGCCCCAGCGGUUGCCUACACCGCUCCCGUUGCUGCUGCCUACACCGCUCCCGUUGCCGCUGCCUACACGGCACCUGUUGCCGCUGCAUAUACCGCUCCCGUUGCCGCUACCUAUGCCGCUCGUUACGCUGCAUACACCGCACCUGUAGCCUAUUCUGCCCCUAUUGCUGCCGCGUAUACUGCCCCAGUCGCCGCUGCCUACUCUGCCCCCAUUAUCUCCGCCGCUUACAGAGCACCAGUUUUCCUGAAGACGUUAGAUAAAAUCAUUAAUAAUCAUUUGGUCUUCCUCGCUCUCCUGGCGUUCGCCGCCGCCAAGCCGCUAGUGUACACCGCGCCUGUAGCCGCUGCCUACACCGCGCCGGUAGCCGCUGCCUACACCGCGCCCCUCGCCUACCCCGCGUACAGCGCCUACUCCCCCGUCGCUUACUCCGCUUACACAUAUGCCUCCCCCUACACGUACUACGUUUGAAGAACCCGGACAUGAUACACGGCUUGAUGGAUUUAUUUAAUUAAUGAGCAUAUUGCAUAUAGGCUAAUAAAUUAUGCCAGAUA